AUGGCCCGCCACGCUGUGCGCAGCGUUAUUCCACCCCCUGCCGCCGGUUGCUUCGAUGCAGUGGUGCUGGGGUCGGGUGUAUCCACGGCUGCGCCCCAACUCAGCCACGUCCUUCUCGGGCAAUGUGAAAAUGCUACCCGAGCUAUCCGGAAAGAUGGCAGGACGGUUUGCGAGGAAGCCUUUCAGAACAAGUCCUCGAAAAAUCGUCGCUUUAAUGUCUCCCUUUUGGUGAGAUAUGCGCCUUCUGAUGGAAGCAGAGUGCGGCAUGUCAUGGUAGAUGCCGGGAAGACGAUGCGAGAGGCCGCGCUGGCCUCUCUGCCCUUCUUUGGGGUCAGAACGAUUGACAGCUUGCUGUUGACGCACGACCAUGCAGACGCAAUCAUGGGCAUGGACGACCUGCGGGACCUGCAGGUGAUUGAGAAGGUCUUCGAAGGAGGAGAACACAUUGGGCACCAGCUGGAAAACGGGGAUGGGCCUAUGCAGAUCAUCUCUAACAAGAUGACGAUCGAUCGCGUUCGCGAAGCUUUCCCGUACCUGCACACCAAGCCUGAGUUUGUUCGUCCUGGCAUCCUUCGGCGUCGAAUCGCUUACUUGCAAUUCAAGGAGGUCUCCAAUGAGGAGGCCCUAGAAGUUUGCGGCCUGCCGGUGCGCCUCUUUCCCGUUUGGCACGGCGGCACCUACGUCUCGCUGGGCUUCGCCUUUGGCCUGCGGAAGGACGGCUAUCCUUUGGUGUAUAUUUCAGAUGUCAAGGAAGUGCCUCCAAAGACGAUGGCAUUUCUGGAGACCGCCGCUGCAGACGGGAUCUCCCUGCUUUUGCUGGAUGCGCUGAACCGGACUGGGCAUCCUACACAUAUGUCGUUGGACGAUGCUCUGGCGCUGGUGCGGAGAUUGAGACCUGCAAGGACAUUGCUGAUAGGAAUGGACUCCUGCGCCGUCGGCGAUCACGAAGAGGUGAAUGAGGAGCUCAGAGCCCUUCUUCGAACGGAAGGAUUGGACGUCCAGCUCGCCUACGAUGGGCAGCACUUGCCGGAAUUCCCGGCCAGGCUGGCCACGCGGGAUUUACUCGCUGAUGCCUUCUCCUUCUGCACCAGCCCGGACGUGCGGCACGUGCGCACCACAGCCGACCCCCCGAUGGCGCCAGAGGAGUCGCUGAAGAUGCUGAAGGAGGGCAACCGCCGCUUCGUGGACGGCCGUCCGCUGGGUGCGCGCACCAAGGACGCGGCAAGGCGGCAGCUGGUGGAUCAGGGUCAGGCGCCGCACACGGCCAUCAUCGGCUGUGCCGACUCCCGUGCUCCAUUGGAGACGAUCUUCGACGCCAUGCCAGGGGACCUCUUCGUGCUGCGCAACGCCGGGAACACCUGCACGCAUGCCGAGGGCAGCAUGGUGGGCAGCUUGGAGUUUGCUACGGGCAAGCUGGGCAGCCGCCUGAUCCUGGUUCUUGGACACACCAACUGCGGCGCCAUCGCCGGUGCGACCAAAACGUAUUUGGAGGCCAAGGUGCCUCAGAAGGCCGGCUCCGCGCUGCAAGGCCUGCUGCAGGACCUCGGCGCCGUGGCCGAGCAGGCGGUGCAGGAGGCCGGCCCCGGUGCCAGCGCCGACGAGGUGACCGCCCGCGCCGUCAAGGUGAACGUCUACCACACCAUGAGCUUCCUGCUGCGCUUCAGCGAGUCCAUCCGCUCGGCGGUGCGCGAGGGCACUGUGCAGAUCCAGGGGGGCAUCUACAACCUGGAGACGGGUUCCGUGGACUUCCUUGGCGCCUUGCCCACGCAAACGGAGCUGCUUGACUCCACGAUGGCCAUCCCCCCGUCCAUGGUGGAGGCUGGGGAGGCCCGCGGAAAGCAUGGCGUGCGCACGGGCGCCGACAGCGCGGUGCCCAAAGACGUGGCGCUGAAGAUGCUGAAGGCAGGCAACGAGCGCUUUGCCGCUGGUGCUCCCACGGCGACGCAGACCUCAGGCCCUAUGAGGAAGGCUUUGGUGCAGUGUGGCCAGGCACCCCACAGCGCCAUCCUGGGUUGCGCAGACUCUCGGGUGCCUGUGGACACCGUGUUCGAUGCUAUGCCAGGCGAACUUUUCGUGCUGCGCAACGCCGGGAACACCUGCACGCAUGCCGAGGGCAGCAUGGUGGGCAGCUUGGAAUUUUGCACCGGCAAGCUGGGCAGCCGCCUGAUCCUUGUGCUCGGACACACAAAGUGCGGCGCCAUCGCCGGUGCCACGCAGACCUUCCAGGCCGGCGGUGAGAACGCCCCCGGCUCUGCGCUGGAAGGCCUGCUGCAGGGCUUGUCCAGUGUGGCCAAGGACGCCAGCGAGGAGCUUGGCCCUGGUGCGUUGCAGGAGGAACUGGCCGCACAUACCACCAAGGUCAACGUCUUUUCGUCCAUGAACUUUUUGCUGAAGUAUUCGGAGCCCAUCAGGGAGCUGGUGCGCAAGGGCGACUUGGACAUCCAAGGCGGCAUCUACCACCUGGAGACGGGCCGCGUGGAGUUCUUGGGCCGCUCACCCCAGCAGGCAGAGCUGCUCGCCGCUGAGGGCACGCUGCCGCCGUCCAUGGCUUUGGGCACAGUGCGGACCACCUCCGACGGGCCCAUGGCGCCCCAGGCCGCGCUGAAGCUGUUGAAGGUGGGCAACGAGCGCUUCGUGGUGGGUGCGCCGAAGGCUGGCAAGGUGCACAGCAGCAUGCGCGAGACCCUGGCCACGGGGCAAGCGCCCCACACAGCGCUGGUGGGCUGUGCGGAUUCUCGUGUCCCCUUGGAGACCGUCUUCGACGCAUUGCCCGGGGACCUCUUUGUUCUUCGCAAUGCCGGCAACACCUGCACACAUGCGGAGGGCAGUGUCUUGGGCAGCUUGGAGUUCUGCACCGGCCCGCUGAAGACUCGGCUCAUCUUCGUGUUGGGCCACACCAGCUGUGGUGCUAUCAAGGGCGCCACCUCCACUUUCCUGUCCGGGCAGAAGACGAAGGCGCCUCAGGCGCUGGAUGCCUUGUUGCAAGGCCUGGGCUCCGUGGUCUCCGACGCUCAAAAGGAGUUGGGCAAGAAGGCGACCGAGGAGCAGGUUGCCGCCCACGCAGUGAAGCUCAACGUCUUCCACACCAUGAACUUCAUGUUGAAGUACAGCGAGCCGAUCCGCCAGAAGGUCCGCAGCGGUGAGCUGGAGAUCCAGGGCGGCGUGUACGACCUGCAGACCGGCCGUGUGGAGUUCCUGGGAGCCAGCCCUUCCCAGGCCAAGCUGGUGGCGGCGGAGGGUGCCGUGGCUCCUUCCCUCAAGAGCAAGAUGCAAGGAGCGUAG